UUUCUGAACCUCUCAAUACUGACCAUAUAUCAUUGUUGGUGACAUUAAAAAUAUGUUUCCAAGAUUUAACAAUAUGAUGCCUGCCCUAUCUAUCCUCAGGUUGGUUGGUUUUUGUCAUCUUCCCAGUACAGUUCAUAGAGUUCCUCUGAUCUAUCCACUAUCUCUCUUAUAGGACAUAUAGUGUGCAUAGAGACUCAGUUAUCUAGGGAUAGGUGUCAGGCCAUUGUAGUAAAGGAGAGAGUUGAGCCAUAAGGGUAUAGAGAGUAGAGAGAACAUGGAAAGGUACAUGCUGCCCCUGACCUUGGCAUCUUUUGCCCCAGGCUCUGUAGCCCAUACAGAACACCAGACACCCCCAUGUGAACAUUGAAUCGCCACAGUAAGCCUCUCUAAAAACAGACAAAGGUCUGUGAUGCUAUCCCUGUCUUGCGGAACAGGAGGGCUUUGUGAUGCAAUCUGGUGGUUUGGAUCCCUCUUCUGUGAGGCAGAAAUGACAAGGUGUAGAAUCUGGAGGCAUUAGGUUUCAAGACAGUGAAAGACUAGGGAGAGGGAUGGCUAGUGAGGUUUAGAUCAUGUUGAGUCCUACCUUUGUUUUGUGGGAUGCUGGAUAUCCCUUAUACACCUAUGGAUCCAUCUGCAUUAUUGCAUUAAUUAUUUGGCAAGUGAAAAAGAGCCGCCAAAAAUUAAGGUUGGGACCUAACAGGAGCUGUUGCCGGGUAGGGAACCACUAUCGCCAUGGCUAAAUUGAUAUGCUUCAAACAAGAUUUUAUCCCCCAGCUUUCCCUUGUUAGUCUUACUCCUUGCUUUUUUAAGGGGGUUUCCUCACUGGAUACCAGAAGAGCUCCCAAUCUGGGUAAUUAUUUCAGUUGGGGUCAUUUAGAGCCACUUGAUGGCUGAACUCCUUUGGCUUCUAGACCCAUCCAUUCUUUAAUCUGUUCCACUUUUCCUUCUGUCCCAUCCUAAAGUCCCCACAGAACUUAUCAAAGGAAUGGGGGUGGGAGGCAUGGAGUAUGGAAGAGCCUGAAAGUGAGUCAGAAAUAAGCAAAUAAGGAAAGUAUUGGGGUGAAAAGGAUCUAGAAAGGAAAGGUAGAAGAGUAUAUAAAAUUGAAACACAGAAAAAGACUGGGAAAUAUUGAUGAGUUUCGUUUCAUUUUAGAUAUGGGGAAAAAUGGGGUAGCAGCUUUAUGUUUAAUGUUUUUGUCUUUAAGUGUCACCGAAGAGUCAAACAAAAGUCUAGAGAUACAACAUCAAAAGGUAAAGUCCCAGUCUCUCCUCUGAUUCACUUCCACUGUGGAUAAGGUUCCCAUGGAUCCUGGCCCUCUAUGACCCCUGUGCUAAGAGCCAGGUGCUCUAACCACUGCAGGCUCUAGUACCCCAAUGGGACAGUUUCUCAUGAAACACUUCCUUGGGUGGAAAAUCAAGGGAUUAAAAAAAUUCUCUAUCUUUUCCUCCUGAGAAUUAAGAAUGAGGAAGUAGGGCAGAAGUCCUCAACUGAGUCAUUUACUAGUUUUACAACCCUGCAGAAGUCACUUCAACUCUCAGUCUUGUUCUCCACAAAAUGGGCAUCUGAUGAUCCUUCCUCACUCCCAGUAUGAUGGUGCAGAACAAAUGAGACAAAUCUGGAACAACACAUUGUAAAUGGUUAAGUUGUACACAGAUGUGACUUUGUGUUCUGACUCUUGGAGGUUUCAGUAUCCUCUCGAUAAAAGGCCUUCAACUUUUUAUAGGAUGUCCCUGAAUCCUCUCCUGUUCCACAUAACACUAUCUCCUGUUUCCUCAGCUAGGAGAACUUCCCAGGAAGAAGCCGAGAAGUUGUGGAAGCUGCUCUUUCUCAUGAAAAGUCAGGGCUGGCUUCCUCAGGAAGGAAGUGUGCGGCGAAUCCUGUGUGCAGAUCCCUGCUGCCAAAUCUGCAAUGCUAUGGCUCUGGAGAUUCAGCAAUUGCUGGUGAAUGAGAACAGCCUGAUCUCCCUGACUUCACUGGGGCCAUCACAGGGCUCCUCUUGCCUAGAGGCUUUGUCCACAUCUAGUGCAUCUUUUGAGCAGAGUCAGGAUCUGGGUACCGAGAAAUCCAAAGAGCAUUCACUGGCAUCUGUAACAACAACAUUGUCACAAUUAACAGAUCAGAAAUCUUUAACCGAGUCAGCAACCCAGUCAGCUGGUACAGACAGCAUCCAAGAUUCCUGGGCUGAUCACUUUCGGCGAGGUCAGAGAUCUCAAGUCCCUGCUGUGUCCCAGGGCAUGGGAUCUCUGUCUUCAAACUUUGAGAAGCAUGGAAUUCCUCUGAGCCAGCUGGAGAGCAAGAAAAAUAACUCCCAAUUUGUCCUGGAGAACCAAGAAGCUCCAGAAGUUCGCUUGGAUAACAAGAUGAAGCUGUUUCUGCACUGGAUUAACCCUGAAAUGAAAGAUCGAAGGCAUGAGGAAUCCAUUUUCCUUUCUAAGGCUAAGAGAGUGACCCAAGACAGGACAGAAAACACCGAGAAGAGUCCAACUGUCACCAAAGAUCACGUGUGGGUCGCUACAACAGAGAAGACAACAGAGGACCCUGAGGCUCAGCCUCCCUCUACUGAGGAGGAAGGCCUGAUCUUCCGUGAUGCCCCCCAGUACCUAAAUAAUCUGUUCUAGUGAUACUCCCUUCAGUCCAGCCAAUCCUGGGUCCUGUGCCACUCCUACAAAUGCUCCAAACUCUGUCCUCAAAUUACUUAUGCCACUCAACCAGGAAAUCUAUCCCAGGUCUCAACUCACCUCAGCAGAAGGCACUGGUUUAUACAAGAAUACUCAUUCCAAGAAAAAGGAGUUCAUAGGUUUCUGAACCUCCGCAAUCCCCUGAAAAAGGCUUUCAUUGUCAUUUCCAUUAACAUGCAUGUGAAGCAGGGCAUUCUCCAAAUAUACUUUAUACCUUUAAG